CUGAAAACAGAACUCUGCUGCUUAACAACUGAAAAAAGGGUCCGGCAAACUUUCAAAAUGAACGGAAAGCAAGUGGUUAGUGUAAUCCGAUCCCUCCGGUUAACCAACUUCAGCCAGUCGAAAGUAGCCGCUGGCAGUUAUACAGUGCGGCACUACGUCUCUCCACCCAAGCGGUUCUACAAGAAGACUUCUGUACUGAGCGGCGACAGCGGCUAUGAAGUGGUGUUGGAUCAUCGAAAGCUGAAGACGCCCAAGGGCGCACCCUUCGUUGUUCGCAGCGAACCCCUGGCCAUAGCUGUGGCCACUGAGUUCGACGCCCAGAAGCAAAACAUCGAGCGUUCCCGCAUGCAUAUAUCCGCGCUCUGCUUCACGGCCAUUGACAAUCCCAAUCACCUCUCCAAGCUGGAUAUGAUCAACUACCUGCUCAACUUCAUCGCCACUGACACGGUGCUCUUCCAGUACGAUGACGAAAAGGACCUGCAGGACCUUCAGGUCAACGAAUGGGACCCGGUGAUCGCCUGGUUCAACCAGCGCUAUGACACAAACCUACAGAAAACCAUGAACAUAACGCCGCCUCAGGUCAGCGAACAGGAUAAAAUAAAUGUCGCAAAGCAUUUUAAUUCCUACAGUUUGGAAACACUGCAUGGCUUUACUUUCGCUGUGGACACCUUGAAGUCGAUUGUCCUCGCCUGCGCCGUCAUCGAGCAGAUGCUGACCGUGGAAAAGGCUGUGGCCCUAGCACGACUGGAGGAAGAAUACCAGCUUAACUUCUGGGGUCGCGUGGAGUGGGCACAUGAUCUAAGCCAACAGGAGUUGCAAGCACGUCUUGCGGCUGCCGUGCUCUUCGUACACCUCAACUGUUCGGAAAACCUUGUUAAGCAAAAAUUAAUUCUUUGAACGAAUAAUACUUGUACAACAUAUGUGCUG